CCAGCCCGCCCGGGGCGGCGGCGCAGAGCCGGGCCGGCGCACGAGGCAGCCAGCGCGGCCAUGACGGCGGAGAAGGCGCUGCCCCUGGGCAAUGGGAAAGCUGCCGAGGAGGCGCGGGAGACUGAAGCGCUCGGUGGUAGCGGCGGCAGCGGUGGCGUCGGCAGCGGGGGCGCGGCGCCCGCGCGCGACCCGCGCGACAAGCGCGACAAGGCUGUCCACGAGCGUGGCCAGUGGAACAACAAGGUGGAGUUCGUGCUGAGCGUGGCCGGGGAGAUUAUCGGGCUGGGCAACGUGUGGCGGUUUCCCUACCUGUGCUACAAGAACGGAGGAGGGGCAUUCCUGAUUCCCUAUGUGGUGUUUUUUAUUUGCUGUGGGAUUCCUGUCUUUUUCCUGGAAACGGCUCUGGGGCAAUUCACAAGUGAAGGAGGCAUUACGUGUUGGAGGAAAGUCUGCCCUUUGUUUGAAGGAAUUGGCUAUGCAACACAGGUGAUUGAGGCCCAUCUAAACGUGUAUUACAUCAUCAUCCUGGCAUGGGCCAUUUUCUACUUGAGCAACUGCUUUACCACGGAGCUCCCCUGGGCUACCUGUGGGCAUGAGUGGAACACAGAGAAUUGCGUGGAGUUCCAGAAACUGAAUGUGAGCAACUACAGCCAUGUGUCCCUGCAGAACGCCACCUCCCCCGUCAUGGAGUUUUGGGAGCGCCGGGUCCUGGCCAUCUCUGAUGGGAUCGAGCACAUUGGGAACCUCCGCUGGGAGCUGGCCUUGUGUCUCCUGGCAGCCUGGACCAUCUGCUACUUCUGUAUCUGGAAGGGGACCAAGUCGACAGGAAAGGUUGUGUACGUCACUGCGACAUUCCCCUACGUCAUGCUUCUGAUCCUGCUGAUCCGAGGGGUGACGUUGCCAGGGGCCUCUGAAGGCAUCAAGUUCUACCUGUACCCUGAUCUCUCCCGGCUCUCAGACCCACAGGUGUGGGUCGAUGCUGGGACGCAGAUCUUCUUCUCCUACGCCAUCUGCCUGGGCUGCCUGACUGCUCUGGGAAGCUAUAACAAUUACAACAACAACUGCUACAGGGACUGCAUCAUGCUCUGUUGCCUGAACAGCGGCACCAGCUUCGUGGCCGGGUUUGCCAUCUUCUCAGUCCUGGGCUUCAUGGCAUACGAGCAGGGGGUACCCAUUGCCGAGGUGGCAGAGUCAGGUCCUGGCCUGGCCUUCAUUGCCUAUCCAAAGGCUGUCACCAUGAUGCCUCUCUCCCCGCUGUGGGCCACCCUGUUCUUCAUGAUGCUCAUCUUUCUGGGCCUGGACAGCCAGUUUGUGUGCGUGGAAAGCCUGGUGACCGCCGUGGUGGACAUGUACCCCAAGGUCUUCCGGAGGGGCUAUCGUCGGGAGCUGCUCAUCCUGGCCCUAUCGGUCGUCUCCUAUUUUCUGGGCCUCGUGAUGCUAACAGAGGGAGGCAUGUACAUCUUCCAGCUCUUUGACUCCUACGCGGCCAGCGGGAUGUGCCUUCUCUUCGUGGCCAUCUUCGAGUGCGUCUGCAUCGGCUGGGUGUAUGGAAGCAACCGGUUCUAUGAUAACAUUGAAGACAUGAUUGGCUACCGGCCACUGUCGCUCAUCAGAUGGUGCUGGAAGGUCGUGACCCCUGGGAUCUGUGCGGGCAUCUUCAUCUUCUUCCUGGUCAAGUACAAGCCCCUGAAGUACAACAACGUCUACACCUACCCUGCCUGGGGCUACGGCAUCGGCUGGCUCAUGGCCAUGUCCUCCAUGCUCUGCAUCCCGCUCUGGAUCUUCAUCAAGCUGUGGAAGACAGAGGGCACGCUGUCCGAGAAACUCCGGAAGUUGACAGUCCCCAGCGCCGAUCUGAAAAUGCGGGGCAAGCUUGGGGCAGGCCCACGGACGGUGCUGGUUAAUGACUGUGACGCCAAGCUCAAGGGUGACGGCACCAUCGCCGCCAUCACAGAAAAGGAGACGCACUUCUGAGCCACCUCCCGCCACCUCAAGGCUUUCUCUUCUCUUUCUUCCCUCCCGUGUGUUUAAAAAAAAAAAAAAAAAAUACCUGAAACACAUACUUCUCCUAAUGCUAGGGGCUUGCUCGUUUUGCACAGGAUGUAUUAACAAGUUAAUUUCCAGCCGGCCACCGUACCCUCUGGUUUAAAGCCAGAGCCCCCCCCCUCGCCCUCUCCCAGUGACCCUAGAAGUAUCCACCACAAGAUAAUACUGUACAGUGACUAGCACACCCUUCUUGCCCUCGGGUGGUUUUAAUUCGUGUUUUCUAGGGAUUAAUGUAUCCUAUUGUAAAACUUUUAUCCUUGGGCCUGGGGGCAGGUGGGAUGGGGAGUGAGGCCUGGCCUCCUCUGUUGGCCUUGGAACCCACCAGUCCACAUCUGCGCUUGUCCCUGACCGUGGGCAGCCGCCCCUCCUCCGUGCCCCCAGGGAGUGUUUUACUCUGAGCCUUCCCUUGGCCAUGGACAUGGGGUCUGCAGACUCAGGGUCAUGUGGCAGAGAAGGACUCCUGAUUUGUAGGACCCCCCCCCCAACCCCAUCUCUGCCCUGAUCUCUUGGGCACUACUACCUUCCCUCCGCUGGGCUUCAGUGUUCCCAUCUCCCCAGCUGGGGGAGGAGCUAGAGCGGGUGACCUCUUUGCCUCACUGCCUUGCAGAGCUGCCAUUGAUAUCAGCUUCUCCUGAAGACCCGCGGGCCACCUCUGCCCUCCCCGCCGGACCCCCAUUCCCACCUGCUUCUUUACAAUCGGAUGUAUCAUGGGACAAUGUGGUGGCGAUGUGUAUUUUCCCCCAAACUCCGUUUGCUCUCAUCCCUGUUCCUAGAGACGGGCGGGGCUUCCUCCCAUCUGGGCCUCCCUGUCUCCAGGCUCUCUGCUGUCCCCCUGAGUUCUGUCCCUCCAUCCCAAGCAGGGCUGUCUGGAGCGGCCAUGGGGGCUGGUCUCUGGAGUCAGGAGGCAGCAUUUUUUUCUCCUUGCAGCUUCCCCAGCCAAGAUCUGCAGCCUCCCAGUGAGGCCCCGGGAGCCAGGUUUCAAUCUGAGCCCCUCYGUGUGCCCAGGGCCACUUCUUCUCCCUCUUGCUGCCCCCUAUGCUCACCCUCUUGACUGUGCUGGAGGAUCUUUAUUCGGGGGCCAUCCCAUCUGCCCUCUGUCUUCRUCCCCUGCUAAAGAGGAGAACCGGCCAUUCCUCCUGGCUCUUGCUCUGUGUGAACCUGGGGUCUUCAGGGGAGACUGGUACUGCACCCUCCCAGCCCAGCUCCUGGCCUCCCUGGCUGGUAACCCCCUUCCCUGUUCCUCGGCUGCUGGAGGUCAGGAAGGUGAAUUCUUUUUUCCUUUCCAAACUAAGGCUGCAUUUUCCUACAGGGCACCCACGUGUUGGAUUCACCCCCAAAGUUUCCAAACUGCCAGGUUCUCUGCUCCGACCAGCCCCCAUCUAAAACUGKAAAUUUGCUCCGAGGGACGCCCAGCUCCCACUCUGGGCAGGUUGGGGCACCUUGUUCUGGAGCCCCCCCCCCUCUUGGGCACACAGCUCAGGCCUGCCCAUUCAUGGGUGGAAAGUCCAGUGUCCUCCUCAUGGGAAGGCCAGUGUCACCCUGAGCUGUCUGGCCCAAUGGACCCGGGAAGAUGGCCUGCGUGUGUUGGUCCUCGGCUGCUAUCCUCCCGGCAGUCAGGGAGGGGGCUUGCCAAUGCUGCUACUGUGUCCUCCACCACCAACUCCCUCACGGACGGACCCAUAGAUCUCUGAGGUCUCGUCUUGACGGACACACACACACGGGGUACAUCUGGCACUUAACACUUGACGCUUAACACUACUCAUCGGGGCAGGGUGGAGGGAGG